AUGGCUGAGUCCAAGUUCGCCGUUUAUCCCAGCCUCGUCGACCGCACCGUCGUCAUCACCGGCGGUGCGCAGGGCAUUGCCGCGGAAAUGGUCGAGCAGUUCUCCCUGCAGGGCUCUCAAGUCAUAUUCCUCGACGUCGAGGACGAGUUGGCCGACGCUCUAGUCCAAAAGGUGUCUGAUCAAGGCGUCAAGCACAAGCCCAUAUACUACCACUGCAAUGUCAUCAUGAUUGACGAAGAGCUCAAACCCACGGCGGCCAAGAUCCUGAAAGAUCAUCCCAGGAUCGAUGGACUGGUAAACAGUGCCGCGAGGGCAAUGGUGAAACCCACGGAGGACAUCACGACCGAGUGGUGGGAUGAGAGCGUCGCCGUGAACCUGCGGCAUCAGUUCUUCCUGACCCAGGCCUUGCUGCCGGGGCUUCUGCUUGCUGCCGGAAACGCUUCGGUGAUCAACAUGGGGAGCAUCAACUGGCUCGUCUCUGCAACGGGCCAGGCGCCUUACACGACGAGCAAGGCCGCCGUUGUGGGACUGACGAGGACGCUGGCACACGAGUUUGGACCGAAGGGCAUCAGGGUGAAUAGUAUCAUGCCGGGGUCCAUUGCGACAUUGAGGGAGAGGACGGUGGUCAUGACGCCCCAGUAUGAGGCCAAGGUUCUGGGCAGUCAGGCGAUCAAGAGGCUGAUUGAGCCGGUGGAGGUGGCGAGGAUGGCCAUGUGGUUGAUUGCGGACGAUAGUGCUGCGGUGACGAACCAGAGCAUGAGGAUCGAUGGUGGAUGGACAUGA